UCUCGACGCUCGUGUGCUCUCUCCACCUACACACCACACGCACGCUUACCGGACGCCAGUUUCGAUCGACCAUGACACAAGAUUCCGACCGAGGCGCUGGGGCCACGGACUCGUCAUGGCCGAGCGGCGCCGUGGCCGACCCGCCUUCGGCGCCCAUGGCCGCCGCGGGGGCCGCCAUGACGGUCGGCAGCAUCCUCACCGUGGCCGGCAUCCUCCUGCUGUUCGUCGUCUUCGCCUUCGGGCUCGUCUCCCUCCAGUACUGCUUCAACGCGUUGGACCGCCAAGGCGGGCUCCGCCGCCACCGUGUCGGGGAGGUGGUUGGAAACGUUACCAGCCGGGGCGUCGACCCGGAGCUGCUGCGGUCGUUGCCGGUCACGGUGUACCACGCCGCAGGCUCCAAGGAGGAGGCGGUGGAGUGCGCGGUGUGUCUCGUGGAGCUCGAGGACGGUGAGGAGGCCCGGUUCUUGCCUCGCUGCGGCCACGGGUUCCACGCCGAGUGCGUCGACAUGUGGCUCGCCUCCCACUGCACCUGCCCGCUCUGCCGGCUCACCGUCGCCAAGCCCGACGUGCCGCCGGCGCCCGCCUUGGUUCCGGCUCUUCAUCCCGUCCCGCCGGAGCCGGCGAACUACGCCGCGAACAUCCCCGCGAGCGUGCUUCUCGGCGUGUCUGGCCAAGGCGCGGUCGUCGCGGGGGCCCCGUCCACAUCCAGCGGCACCACGGCCGCCCUGGUGAUCGAUAUCCCGGAGUUGGCCGUGCCGACGCGGACCCCGCGCGACGCGACCAAGUCACCAAACUCGGCGAGGCUGAGGUCGAUUAGGAGGCUGUGGAGCUUCGGAAGGCAAGGGGCAGGGCCGAGCUCCUCCUGCACAUGCGGCACCGGCGAAGGAGCCGACAUGGAGCAGGGUAUCAGCGUUACCAUCGGCACUACCGUCGCGGAGGUACCACUGCAGUCGGAGACUGCGGCCGGUGCAACCCAGGAGGCCAGGCUAUAGCGCCGGAAUGGGACGUGCGGCAGGCCAGCCGGCCGGAGAGCCACCAAUUUUCCGAGCUCUGUGCAUACAUAUACUCUGUAGUACUGAAUUGAAGCUACCAUUUCUCUUUUUUGUGGACAUAUUCAGUUGUUCACAUUCUUUUUGUUUUGUCUAGAUUUUACACACUUGUCUGUAGGAAUGUUAAUUGUUUUAAAUUGUACAAUCGAGCAGCAGUGACAGUGAAAAGAUCUUAAAAAAUUCCCCUCUUU